CAGCACCACACUAACAACACGCGCGCACGCGAUACCGCCACCUCGUGACGCCAGCGCCGGUCGUAGUGGUACAACAAAACCCGCCGACCCAGAAGACGCACACGGCGUUUGACCGAGGCGUUGAACACGGGCAGCCUUAGUGCUUUGCCUCAUAUUUAGCCGAGUUUAUCAGAAGCAUACCACCAUCUGUUUAUCAACAUUACAAAGCACAACGUCUUUGAAACUCAGCGGUAUUUAUUCAGUGACGGCUCCCACUAAACGUCAUCCAUUCAUUUGCGCUCAUACUCAAACUCGUCGCUGUUUUUUGCCAAGUGAAAGCUGGAUCUGAGGUGACAACACGUGUCAGGAAUCAUGCGACGAAGAGUCAGACGAUGGUCUGCGGCUCCAUUUGAAUUAUCACCCCUCCUAUUAGGAAUACUUUUAUACAUCACACCAUUUGUAUCAGCGCAAUAUGACUACUACGAACGGUUGCGGUGUCAACAAGUAUGCACUCCAGACAAAUGUACUUGCAUUGGACCGAAAGGGAUGGUGGGAGCUCCUGGUCCUCCAGGCCCUCCUGGUGAACCCGGUCCGGUUGGAGAUCCUGGAUUUGUCGGAUUUCAAGGGACGAAGGGUGAGAAGGGUUACUCUGGUCAGUUGGGAAGACAAGGAUUCAAAGGAGAACGCGGUCCCCAAGGUCCUCCGGGCUACCACGGACAACAUGGACUUUCGGGCUAUCCAGGACUAAUGGGCGAAAAAGGUGAAAAAGGAGAUAUUGGUUGCUACGGGGAUCCGGGUGAAAAUGGCAUUCCUGGACCACCCGGAAAUUUCGGAUUCAAGGGUAUACCCGGACCCAUGGGUCGACAGGGUCCAAAAGGUCAACCCGGACAGGUCAUCUACUUCACACCAGGUGAAAAGGGUGUGUACGGGCCACCUGGACCAACUGGGCAAACAGGCGAUAUGGGAGAAAAAGGACCAAGGGGUGAUCCCGGACCGAUCGGACCGUCUGUUAAGGGCUUCAAAGGAGUCCAAGGCCGAAUGGGUCCCCCGGGUCGUCCAGGAUCGGCAAUCACGAUUGAAGGUCAGAAGGGUGACAAAGGUCAACCCGGUCCACGUGGUCCAGACGGCUACCCGUGUGUUUUGGAUGCUCAUUCACAGCAAGGACCACCAGGCGUGCCAGGUCCUAUGGGACCACCAGGAGAACGAGGGCCUUCUGGCCCUCCCGGAGAGUCCGGAUUGCCGGGUCUGGAUGGACCUCCGGGACCUAGGGGAGAAAAAGGUCUACCUGGGCGUCAUGGUGACAGAGGUCCACCUGGUGAUGCUGGAAACCCCGGAUUGCCUGGUGCGCCGGGAGCUAGAGGCUUUGAUGGAGAACCUGGUCGUCCAGGUGUCCCUGGAGAGAAAGGGGACCAAGGCAUUCCCGGAGCUGAUGGACUUCCUGGUUUCCGUGGCCCCAAGGGCAAACCUGGAGGCAAACGUUUCUGUGCUGGGCCAAAAGGAAGACAAGGAGAAAAAGGUUUCCCGGGUUCUAUAGGCGCACCUGGAUUUCCCGGUCCAAUGGGACCUAUCGGAAUUGCGGGAGAAAAAGGAUUUCCCGGUCCAGUCGGUCAGCCCGGUUUGCCUGGUCGUUACUGCACGGAAGGACAGCCUGGCUUGCCUGGCCCAAAAGGAGAAAUAGGUCUCCCAGGAUCUCCAGGUCCAGUUGGAGGGCCUGGUCCUGAAGGAAAACCUGGACCGCGAGGUCCACCUGGAGACACUCCUGAUCAAGUUCUGCCCGGACCUCCAGGACACCCAGGUCCUCCCGGUUCAUUUGGGCGCAAGGGAGCCAAGGGUAAUAUGGGUGAGCCUGGUGAGAAGGGUUUCCGAGGAACUGGAAUACGUGGUCCAGCCGGCGAAAGGGGAUUACCAGGUGACCCAGGGUCGGAUGGUAGACCUGGAAUUCCUGGAUUACCUGGACUUCCUGGUCCAAAAGGACGGAGUAACCUGACGUGUCUGGCCUGUCCCGAUGGUGAACCUGGUAGACGUGGUGAACCCGGAAUUCAAGGAGACCCAGGGUUUUAUGGAUCCCCCGGACUUGCUGGAGGGGAUGGUGACAUUGGAUGGCCUGGAGACCCCGGUCGCGAUGGCAUGCCCGGUAUGCCCGGCAGAAAGGGUAAACCCGGGUUUGAUGGAUCGUUUGGAGAGAAAGGCGAUAGAGGUGAAAAAGGCUUAGUGCGUAUCGUUCAGGAGAAAAUUAUACCUGGUGAACGUGGUGAAGACGGUCGACCAGGAGAGAAGGGUGAAUCGGGCGAUCGAGGUAUUCCAGGUUCGUUUGGAUACAUCGGUGACCCUGGUCCACCCGGUCGGAGGGGCUUUCCAGGACCACAUGGUCCAGUGGGUGCACCUGGCGAGGAUGGGUCCCCCGGAUUUCGUGGUGACCCUGGCGUAGACGGUCGCUCGGUGGACGGCAUGCCUGGUGAGCCUGGUACCCCAGGGUAUCCCGGGGUCAAAGGUCGACAAGGUCUACCCGGAGCAAAGGGUUACUGUGAUCGGGUGAGACCACAAGUCACGAAGGGUUAUCAAGGCGAACCUGGUUUUCGUGGUGAUCCUGGCCCUGCCGGUGAACCGGGGAGCAGAGGAGAAAUGGGAAUAAAAGGUAAGCAAAGCCAAAUUCAAGGCGAACCUGGUUUUCGUGGUGAUCCUGGCCCUGCCGGUGAGCCGGGAAGCAGAGGAGAAAUGGGAAUAAAAGGUGGAAGUGGUUUUCCUGGACUGCGUGGAACAGAUGGAGAGAACGGAACUGCCGGCAUGCCUGGGAUGAAAGGCUCCCCAGGAUACCCUGGAUCCGCAGGACCACCGGGUUAUCCAGGUUCAGUAGGCAUGCCUGGGCCUCCAGGACCUCCUGGUGACAUAGGCAGGCCUGGAGAGAGUGGAUAUAUUGGACAGAAAGGACUACCUGGGAUGAAUGGUACAAUGGGCCCAAAAGGAUUUCAAGGUCCAAAGGGCGUCAAAGGAGGGCGGGGUCAGCCAAGUUUUGCAGUUUUACCUGGUGAACCGGGAAGGAAAGGACAGAAAGGUCUUCCAGGGACAUGGGGACUAAAAGGUGAACCAGGUCGGCCGGGUGAAUGUUAUCGACCUGGUGUUCCGGGGGAUAUUGGGCCCAAAGGUCUCCCUGGCUAUCCGGGACCAACUGGUGAAGAAGGACUCCCAGGCGAUCGUGGUGAACCCGGUGUUGAUGGACAAGCCUUUGCUCCAGGUCUCAAGGGCGACCGCGGUGAAGAUGGAUAUCCUGGGUCUAUAGGGAGGAUAGGAAUCAAAGGUGAACCAGGUAGGCCCGGACCGGCAGGUAUCAAAGGAAUCCCGGGACCAAUCGGUCCACCGGGGCAGCCAGGGUGGCCAGGUAGGCCUGGGUUAGACGGACCCUCUGGAAUUCCAGGCGAACCAGGCCGAUCUGUCAUCAGUCGUCCAGGUAUAAGAGGAGAACCGGGGAUUCCCGGCCCGCCUGGGAGCCCAGGUGAAAAGGGCAUUGCAGGCAUGGACGGAAAAGUUGGCAAACCGGGAGAAAGCGGUGCAUCCUCCACCGGGCGCCCUGGUAGCCGUGGUAUGCCUGGACCACCUGGUUUACGAGGUGAACAUGGAUUUCCAGGCUCGCUCGGACAGCCUGGUCCCAAAGGCCUACCUGGAUCGUUUGGUUUUCCCGGACUGAAGGGUGACAGAGGUUUACCCGGUAGGAAUGGUGCUGAAGGGAUGGACGGUCGACCUGGUCCCAGAGGUCAAACUGGUCAGAUGGGGCCGCCUGGUGAUAUUGGAAUGCGCGGUGAUAUGGGACCCCGUGGAGAGCCUGGGCAAUCUCCACUUCUGCAUCCAGGAUCUUCCGGUCCACCUGGUUACAGAGGACCUCCAGGCUAUCCUGGGCCCAUUGGACAACAAGGUGAUAAAGGAUUUCCAGGUUCUGUGGGACCACCUGGUGAGGUUGGAUCUGCCGGUCAGCCCGGAAUCCCAGGCUAUCCUGGAAUAAAGGGAAGAGAUGGACAACCUGGAUUUCCUGGCACCCCAGGCAUGCCAGGACCGGUGGGACCCGGUGGAGCGCGAGGUAUUCCUGGACCAUCAGGACCUACAGGGCCGAAAGGAAUAAGAGGGAUGAAAGGACAACGUGGGACCACUCCUUACUGCCCAGUUGGUAUCCGUGGUCUAAAAGGGAGACCAGGCCCCCCUGGACCGCCAGGAGCACCUGGGCCUCAAGGUGAUAAAGGUACACUUGGUAUGCCGGGUCCGAAGGGACUCCCUGGUGCCCCUGGAUUGGCUUUCCCUGGUCCUAAAGGAGACAUUGGACCGGUCGGUCCUGAAGGAUACCCAGGUGCGCCUGGUGAGCGUGGUGUUACAGGAAUCCCGGGCCAACUAGGAUUUCCUGGAGCAAAAGGAGAACCAGGUUUUCCUGGCCGACCGGGGAUACCAGGCGAUCGAGGCGAUGUCGGCCCCUCUGGUCGAGAUGGCCUUCCAGGACGCAGAGGUCCCAAGGGAGCAGCUGGUUUUCCUGGAGCCGAUGGUUUGCCCGGAAUCGAUGGUCAUCCGGGAGACGUUGGUGAGCCGGGGAUUAUGGGACCAAGUGGGCGUCCUGGAUUGAAAGGUUUUUCGGGCGAGCGAGGGUUCCCUGGUGCUCCUGGUUUGCCAGGGCGUUUAACCAGUGCGUUGAAAGGCAUCCGUGGAGACCCAGGCCCACCGGGUGAAUAUGGAGAGAAAGGAGUGCCAGGACUUCCUGGUCAACCUGGCAAGCAAGGUGAACCGGGUGAAAAGGGUGUGAAAGGUCGUCCCAACCCUAGUCUUGGUCCCCGAGGUCCGCCAGGUGAUAUCGGUCCGCGUGGUGAGCCAGGUUAUGCUGGACCAAAGGGAUACCCGGGAGAGAAAGGCUAUCGUGGACAGCCGGGUCAAAAUGGUACGAUUGGGUUGGGAGAUGGUGGCUAUUUGUUCACCGUACACUCACAAGACACGCGACCGCCGCAGUGCCCAGUCUACACAAUAGAGUUAUACACGGGCUACAGUCUAGUCACGCUGCUGGGUGACGAUGAUUCAGUGACCAUGGAUUUGGGUUCACCAGGAUCGUGUCUACGCAAAUUCUCCAUCAUGCCCUAUGCAACCUGCUUCGCGCAGACAACAGGCAGUUGCCACACUAACAAACGCAACGGGCGAUCAUACUGGCUGUCUACUUUGGAGCAGUAUAUGACUAGCCCAACAAAAGUGGAUCGGAUACAGCCCUACAUUUCAAGAUGCGUCGUCUGCCAGUCACGAACCAAUCUAGUCGCUUUCCAUUCGCAGCGCCCAGACGCUGGACAAAACUGCCCAACUGGCUGGGAGAAUGCUUGGAAUGGAUUUAGUUUUCCCAUGACGGUCUCCGGGCCCACAGGAGGCGCGCAGCCGCUGGAGUCUCCUGGUAGCUGUCUACAACACUUUCGGGCACUCCCCUUCAUUGAGUGCAACAAUCAGGACGGAAAUUGCUUCCAUUGGCAAGACGGACGAUCUUAUUGGCUAAGCAGUAUACCGCAGAACCAACAAUUUAUCAAACCAAUCGGAACACCGUUCAGAUCGGAAACUGGAGUUCUACAACACAUCAGUCGGUGUAGCGUCUGUCGGAAAUCUAUGGAGGCAUUAUUGAUGGAAUAUUGACAUUUGUGAACAUUGCUUAUAAUUGUGAAUACAAAUUGUGUAAAACUGUCCGUCAGACGUCGUCAAUGUGAACAGACAGGGAAUCAGAGACGUGCUGACACAGACGGACAAGUGGAGAGACAGUCAGAGUUAUUCAGAUCCACUGACCGCCACAAGCGGUAGGAUUUAAAAUUUAUAUCUAGCUCUUAUUGAUUUUCCCUCCCGCUUUUCGUUAUCUGUUUCUAUUCGCACAUUUCUGAUUAUAUCCGCCCCAAUUCAGGCAAGUAAAGGACUUCAAGCAUGCAUGAUCCGCGGCGGAAACGCCGUCCUACAGACUGAUAAAGUGCUUCCGUUUAAAUCCUGUGACACCUUUUGCCUUGAGUCGGAAUUGUUUUAUUCUAUCAUGAAGAGCUAUUUUCCAAAAUAAUCUCGACCCCCACAUCGAUGUGUUCGUUGUUGUUCCGUUUGCCCAGUUAUUUUUUCCGUCGUAUUUCCACACAAAACGAAAAGCACAUGACGGGGGGGGACUUUAUCCCAACGUCACCCACUGACUUGCCUGAUUAGUAAUAUUGUUCUUUUCUGUAUUUACGUCCGUUUUUUUCUGACCGGCUAGAUUAAAAAUCGCCGUUGUAGUAGGUGAUGCCUUUUUAUUUCUUGGCCAUCAAGUCUGUGGUGAGUAAUU